AUGGCUCUGGAGGGCAGAUAUGAUCCGGGUAUGAAUUGGCUCAACUACCUGCCUGUCGGGCUGCUGGCCCUGGCCUUAAGCUUGAUGCGUAGCUGGAGAGCAUGGAUUCUUAUUCGUGAUCGUGAUCGUGAUCGUGGUUUAGUGUUCAGGAUUCGGCAUCUUCUCGCCAAAGCGGCCAUUUCGGGGUCGUGGAGGUCUCCGAGGUCUCUAAAGUCCUUGCAGGGAGCUCGCAAGCUGGAGCUUGAACUGCUGGCUUGA